UCUCUCUCUCUCUCUGUAUCCAGUAUACACAGGGUUACUCUCUCUCUCUCUGUGUCUGUACACUGGCGCUAAGAUGGCGGACGGGGAGCUGAAUGUGGACAGUCUGAUCGCCCGCUUGCUGGAGGUGCGAGGAUGUCGCCCUGGAAAGAUUGUACAGAUGACGGAGGCCGAAGUGCGGGGCCUGUGUAUAAAGUCACGGGAAAUCUUCCUCAGCCAACCUAUUCUCCUGGAGUUGGAAGCACCCUUGAAGAUCUGUGGUGACAUUCAUGGACAAUACACUGAUCUCCUGAGGUUGUUUGAAUAUGGAGGCUUUCCACCGGAAGCAAACUACUUGUUCUUGGGCGAUUACGUAGAUCGAGGGAAGCAGUCCCUAGAGACCAUUUGCCUCCUCCUCGCAUACAAGAUUAAAUACCCAGAGAACUUCUUUCUCUUGCGGGGAAACCACGAGUGUGCCAGCAUCAACCGCAUCUAUGGCUUCUACGAUGAGUGCAAGAGACGUUUUAAUAUCAAACUCUGGAAGACAUUUACAGACUGCUUCAACUGCCUUCCAAUUGCCGCAAUUGUGGAUGAGAAAAUCUUCUGUUGCCAUGGAGGACUGUCACCAGACCUGCAAUCGAUGGAACAGAUCCGCAGAAUCAUGAGGCCAACGGAUGUUCCUGACACAGGCUUGCUGUGCGACCUGCUGUGGUCAGAUCCUGACAAGGACGUCCAAGGCUGGGGCGAGAAUGAUCGCGGCGUCUCUUUCACCUUUGGAGCGGAUGUGGUCAGCAAAUUUCUGAACCGGCAUGAUCUGGAUUUAAUCUGCCGUGCCCAUCAGGUUGUUGAAGAUGGUUACGAAUUCUUUGCGAAACGCCAGCUGGUUACUUUGUUUUCUGCUCCGAAUUACUGUGGAGAAUUUGAUAAUGCCGGAGGAAUGAUGAGUGUGGAUGAAACAUUAAUGUGCUCCUUUCAGAUUCUGAAGCCUUCGGAAAAGAAGGCCAAAUACCAAUACGGCGGCCUGAACUCUGGCCGCCCUGUCACGCCCCCUCGCACGGCAAACCCACCCAAGAAGAGGUGAACAGCAAGGACACAGCCCUGAACACCUUACAUUUGUACACAGAGAAAGCUACCCGUAUACCCAUUCAUAUUCCAAUGUGUGUGUCCCGUAGGCACUCUGCCAGUCAUCUGCUACUGUCUGUCUGUCUUUGUGAGCCUCGAUGCUUGUAAAAAGAAAUAACCAAGUCUUUUUGAAAACUGUUUUCCAGUAAAUGCGCAGGUGUGGCAUAUUGUAAUGUAAAUCAAUGUACUACCGGUAACCAGUGAAUCUUAUUCAUAUUUUGUUUGGACUGGGAUGAAGGUUAGCUGAUCUAUGGCUGGGAUAAAGCACUCUACCUUCAAGCUUUCUCGAGCAUUCAUCUUUGACAUUUGCAAUGGUUAUAUCUGAAGUUGUGCAAGUGCGUGUUCAGGUUUGAUGGAGAGCCACCAAGAUUUGUUCAAAGGUCUGUUCAACUAGAAACUCCAUUAAAGCACUGGGGCCUUUCACACA